AUGUUAUAUUAUAAACCUAAACACUUAAAAUCGGUUGUUCCUUCAAUUUUUACAACUGAACCUCCAAGUGCAGCCGAUUCCAUAAUUUUAGAUUCUCGUAUAUUAAGCGAGGAAAAACUCAACUUGAAUAGCAAGUUUGCUUUGCUUGAUCAAUUCAGUCAUCGAGCCUUUGAUAUCAAAGAAUAUAAUUUAACUUAAAGAGAAUUGCCAAGCAUAAAGAAACAUGUAAUAUAGAAUAAUAAAUUGGAUGUUUGGGGUGAAACAACCUUGACCCUCUAUAGAAACCAAUUCCUUUAUACAUCCUUAGAUAUCCAUGAAAAAUAUUCACCAGUAGUCUUAUUCAUCUACGUAAAAAAAGGUGAUCCCAAUACUAAAAUGCGAUUGUUUUGUUCUGUUAGAUUUUAAUAACCCAAUCGUUUCAAUGCAGAGAUCGAAACUUAUGGUCGAGUGCUUAAAUAUCACUCAAGCGAUGGCACAACUUUUUAUGAUCCUACUCUUUAUGUUGCAAUAUUAGCACAAAAUGAUGUGGUUAUUACUAUCAAAAAUGAAUUUGCGAAACCUCCCUUACCUAGAAAAAUCCUGUAAUUGAAAAAAAAGGAUGAACAAAAUCAGGAAUUUGAAGAAUUAGCUGAUUUAAUCAUUCGAAAACGAAAGUUAAAACAGAAAUCUUUAAAUUUCAUCAAUUUUAAUAGAUCAUUGCUUCGAAAACAAAGGAUUGAAUCUCCAUGUAAUACUGAACGAUUAAAAGAGAUAAAGUACAAAUAGACAUCCAUAUUGAAAGAAUAAAACCUAAAACAUAUUGCGUAGAUUGCUUUACAUGAUGUUGCAAAAGAAAUCAAGCAUAAAUAGAUGAACAUCCAACUCAAAUAGAUGCACAAAGAAUGGAUUUGUAAGAAAUGGAUUUAAAUUGUCAUUCUAAUAAAUUACAUAGUACCAUCAAUAAGUAAUUAUAUUAAAGUACAAAAACGCAUAUCUGAGAAGAACAUGAGGAAAUAAAUAUUGACGAUGCAAUUUAUUAACAAAAUUAAACAUAACAUCUUAUUACAAGGACCAAAAAUAAAACCAAGAACCUUGUUGCUCUGUAAAAUGAGCAUGUAGAUUUGCAUCCAUAGUCAACAGGAUAAGGUUAAAUAGAAGAGUCAACAUAUCAUAAUCGAAAUUCUGAGAUAAAACAUCAAAAGCUAUUAUACAGUCACAAAGGGCUUACACACUGUCAAUCUAAGUAAUUAAAAAAUGCAUCAACAUGCUUGUUAGACACAAGAAUAAGAGGUUGGAAUUCAUGGCUUAGAUGAAGAUUGCGAUAUCCCAUCAAUGCAAACAGAUCUAUGGGGACAUCUUGAAGAUGAAGUAGCAAUCAAUCUCGCAACUGCCCCUUUAGCAAUAGUAGCAGCAGGAGAAGAAUAAGAACAAGAGGGAUCCCCUUCAUUACUUAAUUCAUGA